CAACCUCCAACCCCAACGACAAAAGCCCAACCGUCGACGUACAUCCUCCACAUCCUCUCCAAUAAGAAAACGGCCAUCGAGGUCGACCCCCUGAAAUGACCGACUCCCCAACCCCAAAAACGCACAUCGCGCACACCCUCCUCUCACGCGCCUACUCCCCAGACAGCACAACAGCCCAAUUUACCGAAAAAAUAAAACAAAAACCCCUCUACCUCCGCCCAACCGAAUCAACAGCAACAGACAACCGCAGCCGCCGCCGCCUCCACCGCCUCCGCAAGAAAGAAUACUUCCUCAAACACCAAAAACCGCGCCCGCUGUCGGCGCGCGAGAAGCGCAUAUCCGGCCUGCACGAUUUACCCAAAGAGGAAUGCAAGUAUGCGAUUUUCAAGGGUCUGCAUGAGCUGUGGGUGGGGUAUAUGCAUGAAAUCCUGGAUUUGAAGCCGGGUGCGCAUUCUGGGCCCGUUUCUGCUCUUGUGCAUGGCAGUAAGCUUGUUAGUGCCGAUUUUCAUGGGGCGGAGGUUGAGGUUGUGAGGAGUUCUUGUUCGGGGAGAGUUGGGGUGAGGGGGAUAGUGGUUCGGGAUACGAAGUUUACUUUCGUGCUUGUUACUGAGAGGGAUGAGAUGAAGACUAUUCCGAAGGAGCGGACUAUUUUCCGAUUCACGGUUCCUCUGCCCAUAUCCUCCAAGGGCGAGCAGGAUCAGCAGAAAGAGUCGGGUGCUGGUGGUGCGAAGCCAUUGGUUUUUGAGUUGCAUGGAAGUCAGUUUGAGAAUCGGCCGGUGGAUCGUGCUAAUAAGAAGUUCAAAUGGAGGAAUAUUGAUUACCUUUGAGAUAUUGAGAUCGGGUGGCCUAGUAGAAGCCCAACCUUUACAAAUGCUACGGCAUGCACGAAAUGAUGACAAUAAUGUUCUG